GCUGACCGGGUGAUUUUGGAAUGUGUUACUCGACCUACUCCAAAGAUAUAACAUGUCUGGCAUUCCAACAUCCCGCUUUAGUCGAGCUUGUCUUCGAUACCUUAUAAAAUGCGUGCCUCAACCACUCUUGCAAUGUUUCUUAUGGCGAUCGAGCUGAUCAAUUGCCAAACGCUGAAUAUGGGCCGAUGUCCUACAGUAGAAGUGAAAAAGGAUUUCGAUUUGGCCAAGUACGCUGGAACUUGGUACGAAAAUACUAAAAACAGAAGAUAUUGGUUCAUCAUGGAUUCUGGGCUUAAAUGCGCUUCGGAAACUUACACCUUGGAAGGCAACGACACCAUUACUGUGCACAACAAAGGCCAGCGUAUCCUCCCAAUAGCCAGCCGAUUUGUGUCUGUGAAAGGUGUCGGAAAACUACUAAGUCCAGGAAAAUUCGCGUUUACUUAUGAAGACUCCCCGUUCUCCCCACAGGACGUACCUUACUGGGUACUCGACACCGACUAUACGAAUUAUGCGGUCGUUUGGAGUUGUUCUGUUAGAGCAAGGGUUAAUGCCCAGAUUACCUGGAUUUUAACGCGUGAAAUUAAACCCGACCCGUCCGUCUUGCGAACGGCAAUGGACGUCCUUAGCCGCAACGGCCUAGGUCGUACGUCGAUGAUCCCGACUAGCCACUCGAGCUGCAGAGAAGCGCCCUGAUAGUUUUUAUCGACAUUCUAAAAUGAUCUUAUUUACCAUCGCUUUCAUUCCUAUUCGUACACACAAUUUAAUUAUAGCUUAACACAAAUAUCGAUGUUAUGUUUUAAAUCUAUUUAUUCAAAUAAAAUUCCUAAUAAUAUCCUA